UGUAAGAAUGGCAAGCUCAGUUGUAGGUUCGUACCGUUCAGCAGUUUUGAAGCUCAUUUUAAUUCGUGACACAUUGAGAUUUAGCUGUAAGAUUUUCUUUAGGAAAAUUUUGUUUUAUUAAUUUUUUGCGUGUUAUUAAUGAAGGAGGCGGAUUUUUAUUGUGUAGAAUGAGAUGUACAUUAUGGGCUUGGUGUCGAGAGUUUUCCUUCCCAAUAGCUUUUUGUCGAAACUUGUGUGUUUGAACCUUCUCAUGGGUGGACCAAACCCCUUCUUUUGAGGGAAGGCUGUUGUAGGAAUGCUUACAGUAUUGAGUGAGGUUAAUUUAGGAUUUAAAAUGCUCUGUGUGUGUGGCGCCACCUCUGUAUUCAUUACCUGCUAAGUACCCGAACUCUGUGCCUGAACUUAGUGACAUCAUCACCAAUAUGAUGGCAAUAUUUGACUUAAUACCUAAGUACUAAGUCCUCAGAGUGAGCAUUGUCAUGCCUAUAUUGAGUAAAAUCGGAAUGAAAAACUGCGAAGUCGCGAAUGGAGAACAGGGAGUAAUGUAGAUUUAUUCAGAGUAGUGUGUGAUGUGCAGGAACAAAGUAGCAACGACCUUCCCUGCAGUGCGGGAUUCGGUGACCAUUGUGAACAUUUUGAGUGGUUUUCAUAUUCUAUAACAUUAUUUUCAUCCGGUGAAAGGCUGUUCUUCAAGUACUGCUCAUAAAAAAACCUGGAAUUGGUGUUGGAGUUUGCGCUUUCAGGCGUAUGCAGUAAAAGUCGUGAUGCCCCAGACGUCAUAUUCAGAGAGAGUUUAAUCCUUGUUACACGAUCCAGAUAAAGACAUUUUCCCGGGAGGUAGAAACAGCAUAAUCCCAGGAGGCGUGUUACUUGUGUCACGUCUUCAUCGGUGGAGGAUGAGACCAGAGAUCAGCUGGACAAAAGCGAAGCAGGAGGUCCGCGCUGUAGGGAAAGCGACGUCUUCUUCUCGGUUGUGUCCCGCCCCGCGAGCUGUCCGUGGGAGAGGCAGAAGCGCAGCGGCGGGCAGCGCUCGGUGCCUGCAGUGCCGGGCGGAGGCUGCGGGCGCCGCUGUUGACCGAGAGGAGCGAGAGGAAGCUCGGAGCGCUGCAGCCCCGCCCGCUGCGGACCCGCUCGAUCGCUCGCUCGCUCGGGGUCUGGCUCGGCGGCCGAGAGGUCUGCGAGCGUGUCCGCGGUGCGGAACCGUUCUGUAGCAAGACGCGUCUGAAAUACCGUGCAGAAGCUGAGAGCAGAGUCGGAGCCGGAGCUGUCUGAGUUGGCGGCGAGGAGCUGCAGGCGGUGUUGCGGUGCCGCGGCGGAGGAGAUGUGCGCGGCGGGGAGGCGCUGGGGCCGGCGGCAGCGAGCUCUGCUCGGGGCCGUCCUGCUGGCGGCGUGGCAGGCGGCGUGGGGGCAGCUGAGCUACUCGGUGCCCGAGGAGAUGCCCAAGGGCUCGUUCGUGGGCGACGUGGCCAAGGACCUGGGGCUGCACCUGCCGGAGAUCCGCGAUGGCGGCGUCCGGGUUGUUACCGAAGGUAGGACGCAGUAUUUCACUCUGCACGAGAAGACGGGACAUUUAGUGACGGCGGAGAGGAUCGACAGAGAGCAGCUGUGCCGGCUGGUGGAGAAAUGCGUGCUGCGCUGUGAGCUGAUAGUGGAGGGAGAGAUGCAGAUUUACCGAAUAGAAGUGCAAAUCACGGACAUUAAUGACAACGAGCCCAGCUUCAAGGAAGUUGAGCUGGAAGAAAGAAUAAGCGAGAUGACAGCGCCGGGGUCGCGGUUUCCCCUGCCAGACGCCCAUGAUCCUGACUCGGGCCGGAAUUCCCUGCAGAGCUACGAGCUGAGCAGCGACGAGCACUUCUCGCUGGCCGUGCAGGCGGGCCCCGGCGGCGAUCAGCGUCCCGAGCUGGUGCUGGCCAAGGUGCUGGACCGGGAGGAGGCGGCGUUUCACGAGCUGGUGCUGAGGGCGAGGGACGGCGGCGAUCCGGCACGGACGGGCACGGCUCGGAUCCGCGUGACCGUGGUGGACGCGAACGACAACGCGCCCGUGUUCAGCCAGGCGGAGUACACGGUGCGAGUGCCCGAGGACGUGCCCGUGGGCUCUACACUUGUUGCUGUAACCGCCACCGACGCUGAUGAGGGGCUGUACGGACAGGUGAAAUACUCUUUGAAAAAAGUGUCCGACAUGGCAUCGAAUAUCUUCCAUCUGGACUCUGAGAGUGGAGAGAUCACUCUGCUGCAGAGCCUGGACUUCGAGGAAGGUGACUACUAUGAGCUGGAGGUGCAGGCACGGGACGGGGGAGGCCUUUUCGACACGGCCAAGGUCGCAGUCACAGUAACAGAUAAAAACGAUAAUGCGCCGGAAAUUUCGGUGAGGUCCGCAUUAAGUGAGAUCUCUGAGGACGCCCCUUCGGGGACGACAGUCGCCCUACUGCAUGUGCAGGACCGGGACUCGGGAUCGAACGGUGCUGUGCGCUGCUACCUGGACGGGGAUGUCCCGUUUCGGCUGGAGAAGUCCUAUGAGGACUACUACCGUGUGGUGACAGCGAGCGAGCUGGACCGGGAGCAGGUGUGGGAGUACAACGUGACGGUGCGGGCGGCGGACGGCGGGUCGCCGUCGCUGCAGAGCAGCGCAGUGCUGGCGCUGCGGGUGCUGGACGUGAACGACAACGCGCCGGUGUUCUUGGAGGAGCGCUACAGCGCGCGGCUGGCGGAGAACAACGCGGCGGGCGCGCUGGUGCUGACGGUGCGCGCCACGGACGCGGACUGGGGGCAGAACGCGCGCGUGCGCUACCGGCUGGCGGAGGGGCGGGUGCGGGGCGCGCCGCUGUCGUCGUACGUGUCGGUGCAGGCGGAGACGGGCGCGCUGUACGCGCUGCGCUCCUUGGACUACGAGCAGGUGCGCGAGCUGCAGCUGUGGGUGCGGGCGGAGGACGGCGGCGCGCCGGCGCUGAGCAGCAACGUGUCGGUGCGGCUGCUGAUCGUGGACGAGAACGACAACGCGCCGCAGGUGCUGUACCCGCCGGCGGGCGCAGCGGCGGGCUCGGGCGCGGCGUGGUCGGGCGUGGAGCUGGCGCCGCGCCGGUCGGAGGCCGGCGCGCUGGUGGCCAAGGUGGUGGCGGUGGACGCGGACGCGGGGCAGAACGCGUGGCUGUCCUACGAGCUGGCCAAGGCCACGGAGCCGGGGCUGUUCCGCGUGGGGCUGCACAGCGGCGAGGUGCGCACGGCGCGCUCGCCGCUGGCCCGCGACGCGGCGCGCCACAGCCUGGUGGUGCUGGUGCGGGACCACGGGCGGCCGGCGCUCUCGGCCACGGCCACGCUGAGCGUGGUGCUGGCCGAGAGCGUGGCCGAGCUGCUGGCCGAGCUGGGCAGCGCGGCCGACGAGGCGGCGGCGCCGGGCGAGCCGGCCGCCAGCCUGACGCGCUGGCUCGUGCUGGCCGUGGCCGCCGUGUCGUGCCUCUUCGUGGCCUUCCUGCUGCUGCUGCUGGCGCUGCGCCUGCGCCGCUGGCACCGCCAGCACCUGCUGCCGGCCGACAGCGGCGCCCUGCGCGGCGUGCCCGUGUCGCACUUCGUGGGCAUCGACGGCGUGCGCGCCUUCCUGCAGUCCUACUCGCACGACGUGUCGCUCACGGCCGACUCGCGCAAGAGCCAGCUGCGCUUCUCGGCCGCCAGCUGCUGCGACACCCUCCCGGCCCGCCCGCCGCCCGACGAGCCCGCGCCGCUGCUCGGGGACCAGGACCCCGCCGGCGCCCUGCCCGCGCCUUCUGCCCCUCCCUCGGUGAGUUUCUCUCUCCAGGUUUUCUCUGCCACGCUUUCUUCUGAUGCUCCCCUGCCCUUUCCCUGCGGUUUACUCUGUCUUGCAUAGGAGAUUGUGCUUCAAGCAUAGUAGAUUUUCUG